UCGUCCACGGGAGCGGAUUAGGGCUCCUGCGUCUGCUGCUACAUCAUCUUCAGCUGAUCCGGAGGAUUCCCUCUGCGGGAAACAAACAAGCCCUGCCUGUAUGCUCAGCCCAGCACCCAGCCAUGGACUUCAACGUCAAAAAACUAGCUUCUGAUGCCGGGGUCUUCUUCACCCGAGCGGUGCAGUUCACAGAGGAGAAGCUGGGUCAGGCUGAGAAGACAGAAUUGGAUCCUCACUUAGAGAACCUGAUCACUCGGGCCGAUGGCACCAAGAACUGGACAGAAAAGAUCUUAAGACAAACAGAGGUGCUUCUGCAGCCCAAUCCAAGUGCUCGAAUUGAGGAGUUCAUCUAUGACAAGCUGGACAAGAAGCUUCCCUCCAGAACUACCAAUGCAGAGUUGCUGGGCCAGUAUAUGCUGGAAGCUGCCAAUGAAUUUGGUCCAGGAACACCAUACGGCAGUACCCUUAUCACGGUAGGAGAGUACCAGAAGCAACUGGGGGGAGCUGAGCGUGAGUUCCUUCACACCUCAGCUGUCAAUUUCCUCUCACCUCUUCGCAACUUCCUGGAGGGAGACUGGAGGACUAUAUCAAAAGAGAGGCGGCUUCUUGAGAAUCGACGACUAGAUCUCGACAUCUGCAAGGCGCGCCUGAAAAAAGCUAAGCAGGCAGAAGCCAAAGCAGCGGCUGCACCUGACUUUCAGGAGACGAGGCCUCGAAAUUAUGUUCUAUCUGCCAGUGCAUCAGCGCUGCAGAGCGGCUGGGAAAGCUGGGAUGUGGCGCCUGAUCUCAGUGUGUCAGAGCAGAGGAAGCUGCUGAGCGAGGAAGUGGACAAAGCAGAGCAUGAACUUCGUGUUGCUCAGACAGAGUUUGAUCGACAAGCUGAGGUCACCAGACUGCUGCUGGAAGGCAUUAGCAGCACACAUCUCAACCACCUGCGUUGUUUGCAGGAUUUUGCAGAGGCUCAGGCCACCUAUUAUGCCCAGUGUCAUCACUACAUGCAGGACCUUCAGAGGGAGCUCAACAGAUGUGCUAAUGCUGUUGGUGCACCUCAGUCCUCUGCUGCUGUCUGCCCCAAUCCUGUCUCCUCCACUUUCCUGUCUGGACCGACCUCUCCUGGGGCCACCGUCUCCUCCUCGUCUGGCCAAAGGCCAAGCACACUGACUAUGGAGCAGACACAGCUGCCGGUCACUGGCACCAGGAAAGCCAAGGUCCUGUAUGACUAUGAUGCUCACGAUUCCAGUGAACUUUCCCUGUUGGCUGAUGAGCUCAUAACUGUACACACCGUACCAGGAAUGGACCCUGAUUGGUUGAUUGGAGAACGGGGCAAUGAAAAGGGCAAAGUACCUGUCACCUACCUGGAACUGCUGAGCUAAUGGACUAAGCAACACACACCCUUGCAAAAGCAAACCUCUAUCUGCUGUCACGUGUGCAUUUAGUACACUUUCACCAUUAGCCUCAGUUUGUGCCCCUCAUGUGUCAGUAUGUUUAAGUCUCAGAACUGCCACAAUGAUGUUUGUGAAUGAUAAAUAAUCAGCUAUGUUUGGGGGAAAAAAGGCAGUCCAAAAUGCUCUCAAGGUAGUUGUAUUUCUCAGUGACUCUUCCGAUGAACCAAAAGUUCAUCUGCAUUGGGUUCAAAAAAGAUUUUAGGUGCACUAGAUAUACAGACACACACAGACAGACAGAGAGAGAGAUUUGCCAUUCUAUCCUCAUCAGCAUCACAGACCAACUAAAUAAGUAGAACAAAAUAAGCAUGUACAGGCUGAUCAUACAGUCGCAACGCACUCUGUCCAAAGUGUACCACACAAAACCCAUCUCCAGUCAGUCAGCGGCGUUUUUUACAUUAUAUGCAGUUCAUGAAUAAUUAACAAUAACUCCGAGAACACAAUACUAACAUUGUGACAGAACUAUGAAAAUAAUUAAACAAAUAUACAUGAAAGACAAAAAAGAGAGAUGCAGCUCACAUACCAGGAACAAAAUAAAAUAUGUUCAAAAUACUCAAAACUGAGUAGGAGCUGCUGUGACAGGCUGACAAGGCAUCAGAAGUGACUGAUUGAUAUAUAGAAAAAAUCCUAUAGAUUAUCCUAAUAAAGGAUAUUCUAUUCUUUUCUAUGUAUGUAGAACACCACUGUAUCUUUUUAAAUCACAUUGUGGGGUUUUUAAGCAUUACCCAUUUAAUGGGUUAAUCAUGUUUUUGUGAAAUCAAUGUGAUGGUUUCCUCUGUGACUCAAAUAUAUGCUCAUACACAAUAAGCACAAACUGGGGUUAAUGUCUUGUAUUUUGAUCUAAGGAAAUACUUAUGCAAAACUGCCCAUUGAGAACAUUUCUAUUAUCACUGAUGAGUAAUGGGAGAAAUUACAGCAAAUACUUGUAAUAUGACCUGUUAUCACAGGCUUCCUCCUAUUGUAGUAUUAUGUCUUACAGUUACACACUCUCUUAGUUUACUGACACAGCAUUUUGGCUGCUUUUGUGUGACAACUGUAACAUGGCUCUUACCAGUCUUACUUUUACAUACACAUAAGCAUUCCAAGACCAAGGCCUUGUGUAAUCCAGUGAAAGAUUAGUUCAAUGAAUUAGUACAACGUGGGUCUUAAUUAUGUCGUUUGGGUAUCAGUUAUGAUAACGUUGUACUCUGCAAAGUGACUGCUGAGUUUUGGGAACACACUGACAAGACUACAACAAAGUUUGAUGGAGCCAGAAACACAAUUCAGCAAAAUUAUUCAAACUACUUUAGAGAGGUUCAAAGUGAAAGAGGCACUGAAGGACUGCUUCAAUCAAUUAACACAGAACUUAUUUGGAUUAAAGCUCUGGGGUUCCACUAUUCCAGCUGCAAUACAGCCAAUCAUAGCCACUAGACUCUGUGUGUGAAAUGUAGAUGCAAACAAUUAUGAGUAUGAAUAUAUAUUUAACAACUAAAACAGAGACAGAGUUUAAAAACAAUUUAACUGUGUAGAAGCACAAAAAUUAAAGAAAAAUGACUAAAUCUGUAAGCCGACAAAAUUAGGCUGACAACAUGAUUUGCUUUAGACACGCUCCUGGUGGAAUAUGCAGUUUCGGGAAAGAAAGGCUAAACAGAUGGCUUAAAUUUCUUGUGUGAAGUAAUGUGCAUCAGAAUGGCCAGAAAAACAUGUUGCAAACUGCAAAAUCCUACCAGAUGUAGUUGGCCAUCCAGGCAUUUUUGGCAUACUUCAUUUGAGAUACUGUGUAUUGGGGGGUGCUGAAUCUUUUUCUAGCUUACUAUAUUGUAGGUAGUAAAAAUAUUGGAACAUACCCCAAGUUUUAUUUAAAUUUGAUGCUGACUCAAGCGAAAGAUUCUGAUAGCAAGUGUUUUAAUAGGUGUUAAUUUAUCUAAAACUAUGAAUCACAUAAGCCAGGGUCAAUGAAAGCCUCCUUCACUGAGAGCUUGGAAAAAUCAGAAUUAGUGGAACAACAAGCUCAGUGAUAAUGCCGUGAACUGACUGUGAGCUAAGCUGUGUGGUUUAACAAUGACGAAAAGAAGAGAGAUCAAAGUUUCACCAAGCAGAUGGGUAGACUUGCUUUCUCUUCCAAAGAAGUUUGGUUAACAUGAAUGAUUGUUUACCACCUUGCUCACAGCUGCUGUACGGUGAAGCUGAGUCAUACAGACUGAAGCUUGUAAGUUUCCGUUCUAAUGUUUAAAUGCAGCACUUGUUUGAUAAUCUCUGCAGUGUGAACGUGAAAUAGUUACCGCAAAAAAUAUGUGUUCCUAUAAAAGCCACAGGAUUUCACUUUGGUUACAUGAACAUGCCUGACUAUCAGGUUUAUUUUCAAGAACAUCAUUGUAAAAUACAUCUCUUCUGCAGUGAUUUUGUGACGCAACUUGUACUCAGUCUGCUGCUGUAGCUGGUUUCUGAAAGUGUGUGUAGAGGUGUAUAAUGGAACUUUGCUUAAAAAUGAUUUGAAAAAUAAUGUGGUGGUAAUUCUGUGGAUGAAGUCUGGUAGAAAAGUUAAAAAUUUAUGUCGUCUUUUCUUAUUUCAAGCAUCCCUGUGGCUGUGUAGUGUGUUUCAUUGCAAGUACUCAGCUACCACAUACUAACCACACGUAGCCUGUCACAAACAGACAUCUCUUAACCAGUGUUGCCACAUUAGCUUUGAAAACGGCGCCCAAUCAGAGACUAGAACCCAUUGAGUCCACAUGAAAACAGUGCAAUUUUACUUCUACUUUUCAUCUGGUGGAUGUUUGUUUUUGGUCCAGUUUAUCUUAUAUAUACAGAAUUUAAAUAUCAUUCAAUAAUUUUAAUAUUAAGUGUUCAUUUAUAUGUACAGAAUUAAACUUGACUGAGAAACACAAAAUACAAUGCUGCUGUAAAAACAUCCCACUGCUUGCAACCCUCCAAAGGCUAAGUGGGGCAUUCCAUAAAAAAAAUCUAUCACUGCCUCCCGCAUCACCCCCUCAGAAUUACAUGAAAUUUUCAGCACAAUAAUUUUAGUAUAUCAACUAUAUAUGUCAAAAUGUUGCACUUUUUAAUUACAAUUACUUUUUCCAGGAUCGUUGAGCCUUCAUUCUACAAUCUACAAUUUCAUUUAGCAGAUGCUUUUAUCCAAAGCGACGUACAUCUGAGAGUAGAUACAGCACAAGAAGGGAUCUAACUGGGGGAAAACAACCUGGAUACGUGCCAUAAACAUCACUUCACAAGUACAGGAGAUGGAUACAUGAGAUUUUCAGGGCUGAAAAACACAUUUGAGUUCUGUUAAAAACUGCCACCAAAUCAAUCUGACAUCCCCUCCACUCACUAUCUAAAGCCAAAAUCUCAUUUUUGCUUGGCACAGUUUUUCUUUUUAACCAACUCUGAGCAUCAACAUCAUGGGAUAUAUCAUAGUUUCAGUAGAAAAACUACAAGAUUGUAUUGUUUAUAACACAGAGUGACAGUAAAAAGUACUGGCACCCUUGAUGUGUUUUCUGUUUUCUGAUAAUUCACUGCAGGAAAUUUUAAAAGGUGAAUUUUGUGUGAAGUCUCAAGGGUCAUCACCAUUUGGAACAUGGUGGUUGGUGGAAUAAAGUUAGAGCCUAAGAAAGAUCUUUUUCCUACAUUUUGACUUAUCUUCUAGUCAAAAUUCCUUCCCUGUCUCAACACUUUUCUAAUACAGUCAUAUUUUACCACCAAACUUUGGCCCACCACUAUGUAAUUUAAGAGCAUGUAAGUGUGAAAGUAUUAAUUGUAUGAAGGUAAGACUCCAUUAAAUAUACUAAUAAUAUUGGGCAUUAAAAAUCAGCCAAUUCUGAGGGACUCGGGGAGGAAUUUUUUCAGAUUUGGUUUAUUUUAAAUGGAAUGUCCCAUGUGGGUAUAGUAAAAGACACGGGAUAGUAUUUUCAAUGGCCAUUGUAUCUUUAGUCUCUUCCUUACAGUUUAAAAUCUCUGAUGACUAGCUGAACCCUUUGUAGAUGGAAAAUUCACCUACUAAUCCAAGUCACAACCUCUCUUCCAAAUCAAUAAAAGGUAUCCUAGGGGGGUAGAAAACUGGCCUAUCUAGCAAUACUGCUAUUACCUCAGAGAACAUGUAGGGUGAUGACGUUAUCAGGCCAAAAGCAUGAGAUAAUGUUGGAGCUUCCACCAGCUGCAGUGAAUUCGGCAAUGUUUCCAUUAGAGUAAAUACUUUGGCAUGCAAUACAUGUGGCAACAGAGAGCCUCUAAUAAAAGGUUACUUUGAUCAAAUGAGUCACUCAUCAAAAAAUGGAGUGUUGUCUAACUCUAGAUGUCUAUUUUGUAACUUACAAAAGAUGAUGUAAAGUGCGUAUUUGGAUUGUUUACUCACCAGUGGUAGUGCAGUAAGUGUGAGUCAUACCUGUGUGUAAUGUUGUAAUGGGAUCCACUGUGCGACUUCACAGCCCAACAUGCUAAUAAUAGAAGGUAGAGUUUACACUGGCUUAGGUCAUCUGACAGGGACAUUCCUGGUUUCCAGGUUAUGCUGAAUGUUUCUGGGACCCCCUAAUCUUUCUAGCUCCACUAUCAGCCCAAAAUACUCCCUCAUACUUUAGAAAAUGUAAUUGUAUGUAUUAGAUGAGUGCCCUCAGGAAUCAAUGGCUGUGAUAUUAAUAAGGCUGUCAUGACAGCAAAGUUUUAGUGCUAUUUUUAUUUUUGCUUGUAAAAAAGAUUUUACAAACAUGGAUUACAACUGAGUGUACUCCAUCUACUUCUGUAAAUGAUGAGAUGCAGCUGAAAGUCCCAAAAACAAAGUUUGGGUUAAGGUUAUUUAGUCAAACUACUGAAUACCUUCUUCACACAACAUUUGUAGCUUGUACAUUGUAGAACCUAGUCUGCUCUGAUUGGACAAAAUACCACAUUUUGUGUGUGUGUGUGUGCGUGCGUGCAUGCGGAGAUGUAAUUUGUUGCUUGCAUGUUUUUAAUUUAGUUUGUUUUAAAAUGUUUAUUAUUUUAAAAUGCCCGGACUUCUUACUGACAUCACACUUUUGUCAACUUAUGGCCACUGGUUUGAUGUGCAAUAAACAUGCAUGUGUGUUACAAUAAUAUGACCGUCUAGUUCUUGAACAACAGCACUGCUACAGUUUAACCUUCAUUAUUAUCCUUUUUUCCUUAAAUUUAAAAGGAGAUGCAGCUGGUCAAGUGGUAUUAGGUUGAGUGUAGGAAUCGUUUUAAACCACAAGCCUGUGAAACCAGUCACACAGUGAGAUGACAGUUUGGGAAUCUAGCUGGUCACCCCAUUUUGAAAGCAAACAUUUGGUUAUUUACAUGCAAGAGACAAAAAGGAUUAUUUAAUUCAUUUCUCAUAUUUCCUGCUGCCUGAUAAUGAAAAUCCAGUAGUUACCCUCUUCUACUCACAUUUUGCCAAGUCCAGAGAAAAACAUCUGGCUCUUCACCUGCUGAAGCCACUAUGUUUUACAUUUUAAUUUGGUGCUGGGCUGUUGAUGUGCAAACUAACAUGCUGCUUCUGGAAGCUACACUGAAGACUCGGAUGAAAACUGUAAAGCUGUGGGCCGUAAAACCAAACCAAUGAGUUGAAACAUGCUAAAAUGUGCUCCGAAGAUAAUUUGCAGCUGAUUUUAAGCACUGCCUUUUACAUUACACGCCGUUGCUUCUUCAGUGAGAACAAACACACCAACCAGCUCUCUGGAAAACUCACCCACCAACGCAUUAGGAGCAGUCCAGACCACAUAGAUGACCUUCACCUGUGUGGCUCAGAGCUUUGCCCCUCCCUCUUUGGCCAUGACUUCCACCAUUUGAUUGACCAACUGGAAGUAGAGAAUGACUCAGAGCAGAUAAGUUCUCUACCAGACUCCAGCAGCAGCAGUAGAUUCACUUCUAUGAGUAGAUACAUAGCUCUCAAACUGCUGGUCAGGCUUGUUGUGCUGGUAGCACUUAUAUAGAGCCUUCUAACCUUUAACCUCCUAAAAAUGUCACAGUAUAGCCUUUAGUCUACAGCUGUCAGUAGGUGAGGAGCAACACCAAAACAGUCCAAACGCUGGUUUCCAGAGGGUUAGACGAGAAUUUAUUUGAAAUAGUAAGUUUACAACAACACAACAUGUGAUGGGGUUAAAAACAAAUGGGUGUUAGUAAAAUAAAAAUAAAUAAACAGAACUAAAAGUGAACUUCAUGUUGACAUCGAUGGGCAUUCCAACCAGGAACAAAGUAAAAGAUAAUCAAUACGAAAAAAAUCUCUUCCUGUUCACCUCUUAAAACCCAAAAACACACCGCAGUAGCAUCCUAAACUAAAACUACCAAUGGGUUCCCUGUUUUCCUUUGUGAACAAUUCAAAGGUCCCUCUCUAUCUCCCCACACAUCCACCAACCACUGGAACACAUCUCCAAAGUUCUGCUGGGCCAGCUUAGCUUCCCCUCAGAAGAAGUGCUGCCACCUGCCAGAUGAAGGAGCCUUUUGAGAGGCAGCUGGCAUCGUGAUUGGACUGUACUUUGGUCUGUUCCAAUCCAGCUUCAGCUCCAGAGACAGCAGGCGGGACGAGUCAACAGAGGCCGGAUGGACGAAGACAUGCAGCUGAGUACAAUCCAGAAAACAACAGAGGAGGACUGCAGCAACCCAGGGCCAGAACAAGCAGAGUAUCAUGGUAUGUCUCUUAGAAAACAUCAUAGUAUAGCCUUUGGUAUGAAAAAACGCCAUCAUAUACAUCGUAUAUUGUACAAAUAACAAGUCAAAGCAAAGAGACAUACAUUGUAGAAUUGUAGUAAUUGUGGACUGACUGAUUUACUGAUUAUCAGUGUUUUAUUUUUUACUGAUUUACGGUAAUAAAUACAUUUAAAAAUGGC